CGCGCGUGCACUGUUCCUUCGUUCCUUGGUGUGUGUUGACUGCUACGACUCCAACGUAUUUGUCGACUGCUCCUGAGGAGGUGGCAGAAUUGUUGUUCCACUGCGAAAUAAGUUCUUAACGACAGAUAAGCUGAUGCUGGUAUGAAGGUCAGUGUGUUUGUGGGUUUACUGGCUUUGCUGCUUAUUGUUGACCUGUUUGAGGAAGUCCAGGCAGCCAGAGUCCAGUACCAGUUUAAGAAAUACACUUACAGGAAGAAAAGAGACGAUAAGAUAUACAAGAACACCAAACAGCCUUGUGAAGUGAACCCAGACUGCCUAGCCAAACGAGGAGCUGACCAAGCCAUCUGUAUCCGAAAGUGCGUCUCCGAAUUCUGUUACCAGGAUAUUUAUUCUGCUGAUGAGCUUGAAGAAGGGGAGAUUGAUGUGAGGUUGAAUUCAUUCAAAGGUUGUGUGGCACAGCGAAAAUAGAAUUGUGUCAUGGUCAAGACAUUGUUCAAUAUAGAAUAAUUUUCCUGUAAAAAGUUUGGCUUAUCCUUCAU